GAGGAGCUGGGGGCGGCCAGCGAGGCAGCCGGGCCUGCGGAGCGCGGGGCCCGUGCGCGGUGCGGGCGGUGUCGGGCCCAGCUCGGUGGACAGAGCUGCGGGUGGGGGACCCCCGAGCUCCCCGGGUCCCCGUCCCCAGGCCGCCGCGACCGCGCCCCCCCCACCGCCCCUGGAGCCCAGGCCGGCGAAGGCGAGCGCGCCGCCAUGGCCACGUUCAGGCAGGAGGACGUGGAGGACCACUAUGAGAUGGGCGAGGAGCUGGGCAGCGGCCAGUUUGCCAUUGUGCGCAAGUGCCGGCAGAAGGGCACGGGCAAGGAGUACGCCGCCAAGUUCAUCAAGAAGCGCCGCCUGUCAUCCAGCCGGCGGGGCGUGAGCCGCGAGGAGAUCGAGCGCGAGGUGAGCAUCCUGCGGGAGAUCCGGCACCCCAACAUCAUCACGCUGCACGACGUCUUUGAGAACAAGACGGACGUGGUGCUCAUCCUGGAGCUCGUGUCCGGCGGGGAGCUCUUUGACUUCCUGGCCGAGAAGGAAUCGCUGACCGAGGAUGAGGCCACGCAGUUCCUCAAGCAGAUCCUGGACGGCGUCCACUACCUGCACUCCAAGCGCAUUGCCCACUUUGACCUCAAGCCUGAGAACAUCAUGCUGCUGGACAAGCACGCGCCCAGCCCCCGCAUCAAACUCAUCGACUUCGGCAUCGCCCACAAGAUCGAGGCUGGCAACGAGUUCAAGAAUAUCUUUGGCACGCCUGAAUUUGUGGCUCCUGAGAUUGUUAACUACGAGCCCCUGGGCCUGGAGGCAGACAUGUGGAGCAUCGGAGUCAUCACCUACAUCCUCCUCAGUGGCGCGUCCCCGUUCCUGGGGGAGACCAAGCAGGAGACCCUGACCAACAUCUCUGCUGUGAACUACGACUUUGAUGAGGAGUACUUCAGCAGCACCAGCGAGCUGGCCAAGGACUUCAUCCGCCGCCUCUUGGUCAAAGACCCCAAGAGAAGGAUGACCAUCGCCCAGAGCCUGGAACAUUCCUGGAUCAAGGCCAUCCGGCGGCGCGCGGUCCGCAGCGAGGACGGCGGGCGGCGCGCGGAGCGGCGGCGCCUGCGCACCACGCGGCUGAAGGAGUACACCAUCAAGUCGCACUCGAGCAUGCCGCCCAACAACUCGUACGCCAACUUCGAGCGCUUCUCCAAGGUGCUGGAGGAGGUGGCGGCGGCCGAGGAGGGGCUGCGCGAGCUGGAGCGCGGCCGGCGGCUGUGCCGCGAGGACGUGGAGGCGCUGGCGGCCAUCUACGAGGAGAAGGAGGCCUGGUACCGCGAGGAGAGCGCCGGCCUCGGCCAGGACGUGCGGCGGCUGCGCCAGGAGCUGCACCGCGCCGAGGCGCUGCGGCGCCAGGCGCAGGAGGAGGCCCGGGCGGCGCUGCUGGGCGCCGGCGGCCUCAAGCGCCGCUUCAGCCGCCUGGAGAACCGCUACGAGGCGCUGGCCACGCAGGUGGCGGCCGAGGUGCGCUUCGUGCAGGACCUGGUGCGCGCGCUGGAGCUCGAGCGGCUGCAGGGCGGCGAGUGCAGCCUCCGCUAGCCGGGCCUCGCCGGCCCGGCCUCCACUAGCCCUGCCUCUGCCGGCCGGGCCUCUGUCGGGCCUCCGCCAGCCCGGCCUCCGCUAGC